CCAUCGCCCGAGAGCCCCAAACCCCCAAACCUACACACCGAUCAAAACGGAAACGCGCGCCGCACCAUCUGUCUCGCCAUGGGUCUCGUCGUUUCCGCCGCCGCCUCAUGUGGUCGCCUCCGCCGCAGCCGCAGCCGCUCGCCGCCCCCGGCUGUCCUGGAUCCCUCCCAGUCCCCGUUGUCCUUGGAGCGGGAGGCCGAGCCGGAGCUGAUCCGCGUCUUCCGCUGCUUCGACACCGACGGCGACGGCCUCAUCUCGGCCGCGGAGAUGAGGGAGUUCUACGGGUGCUCGGUGGACGAGGCCGAGGAGAUGGUCGCCGCCGCGGACAGGGACGGGGACGGGUUCGUCAGCAUCGAGGAGCUCCGCGCGGUGAUGGAGGGCGGGGGAUUGGACGCGCUGCGCGCCGCGUUCGACGAGUACGACGAGGACGGGAACGGUGUGAUCACGGCGGAGGAGCUGCGCCGCGCGCUGCGUAGGCUGAACCUCGACGGGAUGGAUCUGACGGCUGAGCAGUGCGCGGAGAUCGUCGCGGCCGUGGACAGCGACGGCGACGGGGUCAUCUCCUUCGACGAGUUCAAGGCCAUGAUGAGCAAGCAGGCGUGAUCCACCCGACCGGCCAUCGUCUCGUCACUCGCCGCGCAUCGUCGUAUGUACCUACUACUACUGAACUUAGCCCCAGUUGUUAAUCAGGAUUCGCUUUAGGAUUUCGCAUUCUAAUUGCUUCGAUCUAUUAGCCUCACCCAACUAAGUUUGUGUGGCGUUUUUAGUGGUCAGAUUGAAACUAGUUGGGACUUUUUUGGUAGUUCGUGUGGCGUUUUUAGUGGUCAGAUCGAAACUACUUGGGACUUUUUUUUGGUGAAAGCAUAGUUAAUUUGACGAAUACUGAUAUGGAUGAGUCCAAAUGUAUUGGAAAAUCUCAAUGAAACGAGCGGGUUUUUUUUUUUUUGGCUGAAAGGGCAGUUAGAUGAAUACUGAUAUGGUGAUAUGCCAAUGCAUGAUCCCAAAUGCAUGGGAAAUUUCAAUGAAAUAGGUAUGCAAACUUGAGUAUUGCUUUUCGGCUUGAUAAAUGUUUUUUUGAUUCAUUCUGCUUGAUAUAUUGAUCGUUUCAAGGACCUAUCUGGUGCAGAAUAACAGAAUAACCAUACUUGUCAGUUGAUUUUUAAAAACUUUUAACUGCUUAGUUGAUUUCCUCUCGCUGCUUAAACAGCCACCACAUAACGAGGAGUAUCUAUCUACUCCAAAUUACCGCGUUUACGUUUUGUUUGCAUGAGCCGAAGUUAAAGGUGAGCAACUAAUUUUUGUUUUUACUGCACGACUGUUCCUCUUUUUUUACUACUGCCUAUUGACUUUGGGAUUCCCACACGGUUAUUAUAUUUUGCACGGCUCCGCGCACCGGAAGGAACGGACGCGUGACGCUCCGCCCAUGCGUGCCCGCCCGUGAGAAAUCCAUCAUACGUGAGGCCAUUGCAGGUCGACUCCAUGUGUGCAUCGUGCGCACUGGCACUGCACCGCUGAUGAUUUGAUUCUUCGGGCUGAAAAAUACCGAUACGUUCCAUCCUUGCGUAGCGGUGUAGUGGUGGCAUGUAUUCCUGUAUAGUACCCGCUUGCAGCUCUUUUCUGCUGUA